UACCAGGCUGGCUUUUCAUUCAUUUUUUUAAUAUUCCCCACGCAGCCACCACCCUUCUUUUUCUUCCUGGGUGCAUAUCUCCCCUUUUUACUCCAGUGUCCACGCGAGAGGCUUUCACGCCUACUGAUGAUGAGGAUGGGGGGGAUCGAAUUUAAGUGCUGAUAUAUUGUGGAUAGAACCCCAUUCUGAGGCCUUGUUGUUGUUAUUGGAAGAAGACAUGGAGACUGAAGACGGGGAUUACCAUCAUCGUGUUGCUGCUCCCAUAGCAGUCCGUGCACUUUGGAGGAAAUAAUUCUAUACUUUGGAUUUUUUACCUAUUUUUUUUUUUAAUUUGAUUUAUUUCUGAUCUAAAUCCUAGUGUACGACCCAGCCAUUUGAACUACAUUUGUCGCUACCAAGUCGUUAAGAGCUUUAUUAUACAAACAAAAUCUCAUUGGAAUUAUUUGUAUAUUCUUGUGAUUUCUUUUUUUUUUUUUUUAAUGAAAUAAGGAACAUGAAAACUGACAAACUACUAAUGGGCAGCAGCACUGUCUUGUUUUGGGCUGUGUUGACGACCCUUUCCACCUUAUGCAUCUGGACUUCAUAUGGCGAGAUCUGCGGCCCCGGCAUCGACAUCCGGAACGACGUCAGCGAGUUCAAGCGCCUGGAGAACUGCACGGUGGUGGAGGGCUUCUUGCAGAUCCUCCUCAUCAAGACCAACAACAGCAAGACCAAGAACCAGGAGGUGUUCCGCUCCCUCAGUUUCCCCAAGCUGACCGUCAUCACCGACUACCUGCUGCUGUUCCGGGUACCGGGUCUUGACAGUUUGAGCACGCUCUUCCCCAACCUGAGCGUCAUCCGCGGACGCAUCCUCUUCUAUAACUACGCCCUGGUGAUCUACGAGAUGACCAGCCUGAAGGACAUCGGCUUAUACAACCUGAGGAACGUCACCCGAGGAGCCAUUCGGAUCGAGAAGAACCCCGAGCUGUGUUAUUUGGACUCGGUGGACUGGUCGCUCAUCAUGGACGCCGAGUUCAACAACAUCGUGAGCGGGAAUAAAAAGACCAAGGAGUGUGACAACGUCUGCCCGGGCAUCAUGGAGGACAACCCGUUGUGUCAGCAGACCACCUUCAAUAACAGACAGGAGUACCGAUGCUGGACCUCCAACAAAUGCCAGAAAGUGUGUCCCGGCCAUUGCAAGCACGCGUGUACCGACAAGGGCGAGUGUUGCCACAGCCAGUGCUUGGGCAGCUGCACGGAAGCCAACAGCGACACGGCGUGCUCCGCUUGCCUCCACUACUACCACGAGGGUCGCUGCGUGCCCGACUGCCCGCCCGACACGUACAAGUUCGAGGGCUGGCGUUGCAUCACCAUGGACUUGUGCUCCCAAGUGCACCUGCCUAGCGAUGUUCACUUUGUCAUCCACGAGGGCGAAUGCAUGCCUGAUUGCCCCUCGGGUUUCGCACGCAACGACAGCAACCGAAUGAUGUGCAGCGCUUGUAACGGCUUAUGCGAUAAGAUCUGCUCCACCUCCGUCAUCGACUCGGUAAACGCCGCUCAGUCUUUGAAGGACUGCACCGUCAUCGCCGGCAAUCUGGACAUCAACAUCCGCCACGGAAAUAACAUAGCGUCUGAGCUGGAGAGCUUCAUGGGCCUGAUCCAGACGGUGACGGGCUACGUGAGGAUUCGUCACUCCCACACACUUGGAUCGCUGUCCUUUCUCAAGAGUCUGCGUUACAUCAACGGGGAGGAGCUCAUGGACAAGUUAUAUUCCUUCUCCGCCAUCAACAACCAGCACCUCCACAGCUUGUGGGACUGGACCCAGCACAACCUGACCAUCCGUGCCGGGCGCCUCUUCUUCCGCCUGAACCCCAAACUCUGCACGUCCGAGAUCCACACCAUGUGGGACAAAACCGGCGUCAGCGAAAAACCCGAGGAGGGCGACUUCCGCAACAACGGCGAAAGAGCCAGCUGUGAAAGUCACGUCCUGAAGAUCUUAUCCAACAACACGUCCAGCGACACCAUCCGUCUGACGUGGGAACGCUACCAGCCGCGGGAUUACAAAGGCCUUAUCAGCUUCAUGGUCUACUACAAGGAGGCCCCUUCUCAGAACAUCACCGAGUUCGACGGUCAGGAUGGUUGCGGCUCCAACAGCUGGCACACGGUGGACGUGGAUCUUCCUCGGGAUAAUAAUACCGACCCCAAAGUUGGAAUUCACCACCUCAAACCUUGGACCCAGUAUGCCAUUUUUGUCAAGGCCAUCACCCUUCGGGUGGAGGACAAACACAUUCCCGGUGCGAAGAGUGACAUCAUAUACAUCCGUACGCGCCCAUCGCUGCCGACUGUGCCCAAGGAAGCCCGUGCCUACGCCAAUUCCUCCACCAAGCUGCUGGUCAAGUGGUCGCCGCCUCUCUUUCCCAACGGCAACCUGACCUACUAUCUGGUUCGCUGGCAGCAGCAGCCAGAAGACCGCGAGCUCUACCUGCACAACUAUUGUUCCAAAGAGCUGAAGAUCCCAAUCCGGAUUCCGGCGAUGGGAUUUUCCGACAUGGAGGAGAUCACCAAGCCCACCAAGUCGGACCUGUCGGGGCCCAAGAAGGGUCCUUGCUGCGGUUGUCCCAAAACUCCUGAGGAGAAGGACCGGGAAAAAGAUGACCGUGUGUUUUUUAAGCGCUUUGAGAACUUCCUUCACAAUGCCAUCUUUCUGCAGAGACCUCAAGAGCGUCGUCGUCGGGAUCUUUUUGGCCUGGCAAACGGCACCGUGUUACCCGACGGCGCCAGCGGGGGCAACGGCUCCAGCGUUAACAGCACGUACGGGAUCCCUCGCAGGAGGGAGUUCCCCUUCUCCGAGGACAAGAGCACCUCGGAGAGCUUAGAGAUCCCCAACUUGAGGCCCUUCACCGUCUACCAUAUUGACAUCCACGCCUGCAAUGAGGAAGUGGGCCACUGUAGCGUUGGCGCCUUCGUCUUCGCCAGGACCAAGCCCGCAGACAAAGCCGACGACAUUCCCGGCAAAGUGCUCUUUGAGAUGAACGACAAGAUGGAAGGUUGCGUUCUGUUGCAUUGGCCCGAGCCCGUCAUGCCCAACGGCCUCAUCCUGAUGUACGAGAUCAAGUACCGUUUGGGAGCCGAGCCCCAGAAGCACGAAUGCGUAUCUCGCGAGCAAUACCGCAAGCACCAAGGCGCUCGCCUCAGCAACCUGGGCUCGGGGAACUACUCGGCCUACGUGCGAGCCACGUCUCUAGCGGGCAACGGCUCCUGGACGGAAAGCGUGUCCUUCUACGUUCCUCCGCCUAAACGAGACAACGACGUGGCGCUCUAUUUGAUCGUCAUCAUUCCCAUCCUUGUGAUUCUCUUCGUCGUCGGACUUACCACCAUUCUCUUCUUUAUAAACAAAAAGAGGAAUAGCGACCGACUAGGGAACGGAGUCCUUUACGCAUCGGUCAAUCCGGAAUACUUCAGUGCCGCAGAGAUGUACGUCCCGGAUGAGUGGGAAGUGGCAAGGGAGAAGAUCACCAUGCACCGGGAGCUGGGCCAGGGUUCCUUCGGCAUGGUGUACGAGGGCAUCGCCAAAGGUGUGGUGAAAGACGAGCCCGAGACGCGAGUGGCCAUCAAGACGGUCAACGAGUCGGCCAGCGUGAAGGAGCGGAUUGAGUUUUUAAACGAGGCCUCCGUCAUGAAGGAGUUCAACUGCCACCACGUGGUGAGGCUUCUGGGCGUGGUCUCCCAAGGACAACCCACUUUAGUGAUUAUGGAACUGAUGACCAGCGGAGAUCUUAAGAGUCACCUGCGCUCUCUUCGUAAAGAGAACACCAACAUCCAGGUCUUGCCCCCGCUCAAGAAAAUGAUCCAGAUGGCGGGGGAGAUCGCUGAUGGGAUGGCGUACCUCAAUGCCAACAAAUUUGUCCACAGAGACCUGGCGGCCAGAAAUUGCAUGGUGGCGGAAGACUUUACGGUGAAGAUUGGAGAUUUUGGCAUGACCAGAGAUAUUUACGAGACGGAUUACUACCGAAAAGGAGGAAAGGGCCUGCUGCCCGUUCGCUGGAUGUCACCCGAGUCGCUGAAAGACGGCGUGUUUACGACCAUGUCUGAUGUCUGGUCGUUUGGCGUGGUUCUGUGGGAGAUCGCCACCUUGGCCGAGCAGCCCUACCAGGGCAUGUCCAACGAGCAAGUGCUGCGCUUCGUCAUGGAGGGAGGACUCCUGGACAAGCCUGACAAUUGUCCCGACAUGCUGUUCGAGCUGAUGCGGAUGUGCUGGCAGUACAACCCCAAGAUGCGUCCGUCCUUCCUGGAGAUCAUCAGCAGCAUCAAGGAGGACCUGGACCCGCCCUUCCGGGAAGUGAGCUUCUUCUACAGCGAGGAGAACAAGCCGCCCGACACCGAGGAGCUGGACAUGCAGGUGGAGAAAAUGGAGAACAUUCCCCUGGACCCCGCUUCCACCAUCCAGCCUCCGGCCGCCGCCCCGUCGGCGGGGUGCGCCGCCGGCACGCCGCCGCCCUCCUCGGCGCAGCCCGCCGCUUCUUUUUUGAAACCCGGGUCUCCCGUCUCGGGGCCUUCAGACAGCAAGCACGCCGGAGCAGCGGCGGCGGCGGCGGCGGCGGCCAACGGGCCCGUGGUGCUGCUCAGGCCCAACUUUGACGAACUGCAGCCCUACGCCCACAUGAACGGCGGCAGGAAGAACGAGCGGGCGCUACCCCUGCCCCAAUCGUCGGCCUGCUAAUAUCGCCCCCCCCCCAACCUCCUACACAGGGUAACCCAAAUCUCUCCAGCGUGACUUCUUCGACAGGAGAGAAACAGAGAGAUUCGGCGUCUUUGUUACAUCCUUCAAGAAGGAAAUCAAAAGACUUAAAAAGACACAAAAGACAUUUUUUAAGCAUAUCUGCCAGUAAACAUCAACAGAAGAGCACUUUUUUCCCCCCCCCCCGAGAGAGGACGUUGUGGAGUGUGUAUUUAUAUAUAUCGAUUCUCUCUAUAAUAACAUUUCUUUUUUUUUUUUUUGUAAUGUUUCACAUCGGUGGACUUUCCUUGGACAUUUCAGACAAAAAAAAAAAAUUGUGUGACUGGAAGAUGUGUUGUGUCUUUAAAAGAAAAUAAUAACACUAAGUUGCCAAAAGGAGACUGUGCUUCGGAGGAAAAAGCAUUUUUGCGUUCAAUGGUCAAAAAUGAUGACAAAUAUAACAAAGUAAAUGACUCCCAUUUUUACUGAGUACAGUAUAAGAAAAAAAGUUCUGACUCAAACAACCACAUCAUUUAGUUGACAGUCAGAUGGAUUCAUCAAUUAUUAUUAUUAUUAUUUUUAAUCACUCUCUGAAUGUUCUGCUUUUAGAGUUGCCUUCUUCAGACAGCAAACUCAUCACACCUCAACAAUCAAUUCAACAAAUAGCUCCGCCCCCUUUUGUCAUCUCAUGACACUUUUACAACUUACUGGACUGAUUUUCAAGUAGGGCCGCAACACACGUCACGAUGCUGUGUGUGUGUGCGUGCGCGUGUGCCUGCGUGUAUGCCCGUACACAACAAAGCUGCUAUUUAUUCUCUUUUCUCUGAGAUCCUUCAGGUUUGCUAUUCUCUCCACUACUCUCUUAUCUACAAAAAUCUAUUAGAACUAUAUGGUAAAAUGACAAAAAAAAAAAGAUUUUAGUCAUCAAAUAUGUGUUGUUGUUUUUUUCUUCACAUGUCAUUAUUUGUUUUCGAAUGUCUGUAUUAUUAUUGUUAUUAUUAUUAUUAUUUGGAAUGGACACCUUUGCUCCAUGUGCGAGCUUUCUUCUGCACCCUUUUUUGUACUUUUUGUGGUCUAGCACUGCACCUCGGGGUGCAAACUCAAUCUCAGGUCCAAGUUUAAAAAAAAAAAAAAGGCUUUUCUUCUUAUCUCCACAGCUUCUCUUAUUUCUUAAGUACAGCCUCCUCCCCCUCUCCCAUCAUCUUCCGUUCUGUCGGUGCCUCCGUUUUUUAAUCAGCCACAUUAACCAAAUGUUUGUUUUUAAAACCCAGUCAAAGCAGUGUGGGGCGAACUGGGUCUCAUCGCUUGCCUUAAUCAUGUUUCUCACGUUUGUUUGUUUGUUUGUUUAUUUUUAUAGUCAGCACAACACACUCCCGCCACCCCGUUCAAGUGUUAUUAUUAUUUCUUCUCAAACCAAAUAAAGAAUGGCUUCAAGAGCAGAAAAGAUUUAAUGAUUAAAAGGUCUUAAAAUGGAUGCUAUAUAUAAUUUUGAAGGCUUUUUUCCUGUUGUUUUAUUUUAUUUUUGGAAAUGUUGCUUUUAUCAUACUCUUUCCUUUAGAUGUGUUAUUUAUUUAUUUUUUUAUUUUCAUUUUUUCUUCCUUUAAUGAUAUCAGUUUAAAUCACUGUAUAAAUGCCCUCAUGAUUCACUAUAAAGAUGAAUUCUUUUGUUAUUUCA